AUGUAUAAAUUAAAUUUAUAUGAGUCAGUUGCUCGUUACAAAGAACGUCGAUCUGUAUUAAUCAAGUUAAAUAAACUUUUAAAACAUUGGGUGAAUGAAAGAUACGAAAAAUUAACAGGUACCGAAACCGUUAAACAACACUUUAGCGCUAAGAUAUUUACGUUUGGUUCUUAUCGACUUGGAAUUAUCAGUCCUAACAGCGACAUAGACGCGCUCUGUGUGGUUCCUAACUUCAUAACUCGCCACGAGUUUUUCGUUCAGUUUAAAAAUUACCUUGAACGUUUUGACGAGAUUACGUUUAUUAAAAGUUUACCAGAUGCUUACACGCCAAUAAUGAAGUUAACUUUUUCCGGGAUUGACAUUGACUUACUAUUAGCCAGUCUGGCGCUUCAAAACGUAAGCAUUAACAAUAUUUUGGACAACAAUAUUUUAAAGUUUUUAGAUGACAAAUCCGCAAGGUCGAUAAACGGUUGCCGUGUAAAUGAAGUUAUGUUUCGUUUAAUACCCAACAAAGCUGCUUUCGUCACGGUCGCUAGGUUUAUAAAGUACUGGGCUAAAGUCAGGGGUAUUUAUUCAAAUGUUAUGGGUUAUUUUGGAGGCGUUGCCUGGAUGAUUUUGAUUACGAAAAUUUGUCAAUUAAAUCCAGACUUGCUUCCUAAUCGAUUAUUAGAAAAGUUCUAUGAAGUUUAUUCGGAUUGGAAAUGGCCAAAAGCUGUUAAAAUUUUCGCCGUUGAAGACUCGAUUGAAGAGUACGGUUUCAGAAAUUACCAAUCGUGGAACCCUAGAAUCAACACUAACGACUGCUCACAUCUAAUGCCAAUUAUCACUCCGGCUUUUCCAUCAAUGAACACCACGCACAACGUUUCGCAUACAACGAUGCAAGUCAUCAAGCAAGAAUUCCUUUUUGCAAACGAGAUUUUAAAAACAGACAAAUCAGUUAAUAGAUGGAUGAAACUGGUAAAACCUUUUUGUCUGGAGGAAAAAUACAACAUUAUUUUGGCAAUUUUCGUUAACGCAGAUGACCAGCAAUCUUACAGCAAUUGGCAAGGCUGGGUCGAAUCCAAAGUUAGGUUUUUAUUCAAAUCUAUUGAAGAAUAUGAAAAAUGUGAACUACGACCUUUUCCUCAUUGGUUUGACAUAAUAUUAAAUAACUGGAACUUUUCCUGUUUGCUAGGCAUUGGGGUUGAGUUGAAAAAGUCCGAUUCAGCAGAAUGCAUCAACCUUGAAAAACCUAUUCAAGAGUUUUUAUAUUUUAUAAACAAAUCAAAUGAACGUGUAACUUAUGGAGAUAAAGUUGGACUGAGAAUCAAAAUAAUGUCUGUUGAAGACUUUAUCGGGUUUACAAAAAUAAAAUGA